AUGGAGGCCGGCCUGCUGAGUGCUGUUCUGGGCAUCAUCCUGGUGCAGGUGGAGAUGAGCACGCAGGACCUGGACCUGCAGAAGAUUGUGGGAUUCUGGCGGGAGGUUGGUGUGGCCUCCAGCCAAAACCUGGCCCUGAAGACCCCAAAGAGGCUGGAGGCCUUGUUCCUGACCUUGAGUGGGGAGAUGCUGACCGUAAAGGCUGCGUAUGACAGCUCAGGAAGUUGUGAGACUGAACAAAUCGUGAGCUCAGCAGUAAAUGUUUCGGGGAAAUUUGUUUUUCCUGGCCGCAGGGAGAUCCAGGUAAUAGACACAGACUACGAGCAGUACGCCAUCCUGAGGCUGUCCCUGCGCUGGCGGGACGCGGACUUCCACGUGCUCAAGUACUUCACUCGGAGCCUGGAGGGCGAGUAUGAGCCAGGCUUCUGGAAGUUCCGGGAGCUGACCGCAGACACGGGGCUGUACCUGGUGGCCCGGCACGGGAGGUGUGCCAAGCUCCUGAAGGAGCUACACGAUCCCCUCUGUCUCAACAGCCCUGAGGGGUUGGGACUGUUCCCCAGCUUUGCAGGAGCUGCUCUGAGGAGCCCCCGCCCCAGCCAGGAUGCUCGGGACCUCGCCGCCCUGGCCUCCGCUGGCCUGCCCUGGCCUCCGCUGGCCUCCCUGCCUGGAGGGCCGCCUGCACCUGCUCCGAAUAAACGCUCCUGCCAGACCCGCUGCCCUGAGUCCUUCCUGGGGGCCAAGGGGCGACAGGGGGCUGAGUCGCGGCAGGCCAGGCUGCCCGGGCACGGGGGCCCCGUCACCUGUCAGCCGCACUCCUAG